UAUUAACAAAUUUAUCAAUCCUAUAAAAAAGAAAACGAAAAAAAUGGUAAAUAGAUAAAAUAUUUCUUCGAGAAAACAUUUCACGUUUCAAAUAAUUUUUUUGUAGUGCAGUAUUUUUAAAUAUUUUAAGAAACAUCGUAAUUAUACUUGAUUCUACGAUUAAGGAUCAACAGUUUGAAAAAUAUUUAACAAAAUUUGCCAAACCCACGAAUUAGUAAAUAUAUAUAUAUAUAUAUAUAUCAAUCAUGACAAUUUUAGCUGAAUAUCAAACAAAUUCUUUUCAAUUUCUAUCUGUAUGUCACUACAUUACUGCAUUCGGUAUAUUUUUCUACAAUAAAGAAUUAAUUACCCUGGAGGAACAAAAUCAAACAGUUGCAAUACUAAAUAUUCUAUUUGAAUAUCUAAAAAAUUCAACAAAUGAAUCCGAAACGAAAUUACAACUUCUUCGUAAAAUACUAAAAGGAAGUGAUCUCUAUGGUGGUAGAAUAAAUGAAACACUCGACAUGAAAUAUGUAAAUGAAACAUAUCAAUAUAUCAUUAGUAAAUCUCUAUUUUCUCAUUAUGGAAAUAUUAAUGGAUAUUUGGCAGGAAUUAUAAAUAAUGAAGAAAAUUUAACAUAUUCAGUUCUUAAAGAAAAUGUAUUUCAACAUCUUUUGAAAAAUUAUACAACUAGAAAUUAUUGUUCGCCAGAAAAUAGUAGCGUUAAACUUACUUUAUUGUCAAUUGAAAAAAUUUUUGCUAAUCAUAUUUGGCUUAUGUUUCCCGAACCAGAAAAAGAUAUGAAUAUAAUAGACGUGGAUUAUAUAUACGCAAUGGUUGGUUUAAAAAUUGUGAGAUCAAUAUCUGAUAUUGAUAAAUUUACGUUUGAUAAUUAUAUUCUAAUUGCACGUGAAAUUAAUUUCAAUGCAAUUAAAAAUGAAACAGAAAUGAUUAAUCAAUUAUUUUUAGCACCUGCAUUAUUUUUCUAUGCCUAUAGUGAAAAGGAGAAAUUUCACCAGGGAAAUAUAACUAGUAAUUAUUUUUUAAAAGAAGUGUAUGAAAAAUUUUUCUCGUAUCUCAAAUUGACGGUGAAUGAAAUUAUAAAUGAGAAAUUAGAAAAUAGUCUUCAUCAUCAAUUGCAAAAACAGAUGGAUUAUUUAAAAAGUCGUACACAAAUUGCCCUUGAAUUAAUAUUAAAACAUUGUUAUAUUUGGAAAUUUGAUAAUUAUUUACCAAUAUAUGUGUUUUAUUAUAAAACAUUUUAUCAUUGGAUUGUAAAUUUAAUACUUGGGGAAAAAUGUAGAACUGAACUUCCGGAUUUGGAUGAAAAGUAUAGAGAACAAUUUGCAAAUAUUACGGAAACAUACAAUGAAAUUGAGAAAAGAUCAAUUGAAAAUGUUUUAAUUAAUGGUGAUUUAAUAAAUAUAAUGAAUUCAUCAAAUGUUGUUGUUAAAUUAGCACGUCCUGGUGAUUAUCAACAGGGUUGUAAUUGGUGUUCACCUAAAUUCCAAACACCGGUUAAUAAUACAUAUUUAAUAUUUGCUAUUAUUCAUAAUAGUAAAACGGAUUUUUAUGCCAUUAAACAAGAAAAUGGUUCAUUGUUAUUGUUGAAAAAGAAUGUAAAUGAAAAGAUAUUUUAUAAAGAAUUAGGUAUUAAUAGAGCAUUAAAUAUGGAAACUGUACAAUUUUUUGGAUUUUUAAAACGUGAUAAUGAAAAUGCAAAUGUUUUUAUUCAAAAUGUUGCUGACAAAAAAACAAAGGGAUUUGUAAAAGAGCUUUACAAUUACUAUAAUGAACCAACAUUUGUUGAGAAUGUGUUUAAUAUUAUAACAGCGUUUAUACCAUUUUACAAUUGUGCUCAAUAUAUACGUAAUAGUGAAACUGGAGCUGCUGUUUGGAGUUGUUCUCUAGAUGUUAUUAGUUUUGUACCCGUAGUUGGUUUAGUAGGCAAAUAUUCCGGUAUAUUUAGAACAAAUUUAAUUGCCGAUAUAACUGAAUCAAAUUUAAUAUCUAAUUCCAUAAGUGUUACUACCGCUAGCAGUAUGUCGAAUGCAAUUGGUAUUAUUUCAAGAUCAGUAAUUAGAACAGUAAUCGAUGAAAUUAUAUCAAUUAGAUUCGUUAAAGACUUCACAGUUUCUAUACUUCGUUCAUUGGAUCCUGGAUUUGAGAUUACUUACCAAAUACAAAGAUUUAAUUUACAUAUGUUGGAUAAUAUUUUUCAAACUUUACGUACAAAUUACAUAAAUGUUGCUGAUUUUCUUCAAUUCCGAACAUCAAUUGAAUCAAUAUUAAAUAACUUACGACGAAAUACAAAUACAGUUGCUGAUCAAACUGGACUUGUACCACAUAUUUUGAUUGAAAAUGGUAUUUUCGAUGUUGUACAAUAUUCAUAUCCAGGAGGGAGAAAUUUCUUUGGACCAAGAUGUGUAAGAUCCUUUGGCAGAACUGCAGAAUUAAGAAGUAUUGAAAAUAAUCCAAUUGAAAUUUCUGUAAUACCAGUAGAAGCAAAUGGCGUCACUAUUUAUAGAAAGUAUAGUCCAGAAACUGGUGAAUUAUCAGAUGAAUUUAAAAUGGGAAACAAUGAUAUGCUACAAAAAGUUGAUGAUCUAAAUCUAGAAUUAACAAAAACAGAAUCAAAACUAUCGGAUCUUAACAGUAAUGCCAAUAGAGAUAUUGAAAUAAUUUCUGAUGAUGAUUCUGAUUAUGUACUUCUAAGAAAACCUGAUUCUUCAAAAGAAAUAGUCAAUUUACCUAGGUAUUAUGAUAUUAAUUAUCCGGGCACAUCAGGUGAUAUAAUUUCAGUAAGAUCACUAUCACCUAUUUAUACCGAAAUGAAUUUGGGAUCACCAGAUGAUAUUCUAUCAUUAAGAUCACAAUCACCAACAAUUUUUAGUUCAGAUUUAUCAAGAAGAUCACCAACACAUGAUUUUAUAAAUAGAAAAAAAUUUAAUUCAUUUACUGAUUUUGCACCACCUUCUUUAGAAGCACCAAUGCUAAUUAUGAGAAAUGAUUAUUUAUCAAGAAUUGGAUUAGAAAAAUUUAAUGAAUACAUUAAAUUAUUAACAAUAUUUAAAAAUGAAGGACUUUCCUCAUUAAGACAAAAUCAACAAUUAAUAAAAACUUUACGAAUUACAAUUGAUGAUAUCAGUCUUAUACAAAUUAAUGAAGUUCCAUUAAAAUCACCAAUUAAUUUAUUGUACAUUGAAAAAAUAAAUACUCCACAUAUUAUUAAUUAUUUGAAAAAUUUAAAUGGAAAAAUGUUUUAUUUCAAUGAUUGGAAAUUAGUGACUAGUGAUUAUAUUGAUUCUGCUUCUAAAGGAAAAGUAGUAUCUUCAGAUACAAUUGUUUAUUAUAAAUUAAAAAUUGAUCAACAAUAUGGUAUUGUGGAUUUAGAUAGUUUUCAUGAAAAUUUUCAAAAUCAGUACAUUAUACAUCCUGAGGUGACAUUUACUGUUAAAAGUGUUUAUUCACCGAUAAAUGAAAAUAUUAUAAUUUUAGAAAUGGAAAAAAAUCCUCUGACAUUAGAAAAUUGGAUGUUUAUUCGAAAUAUGGAUUUAAAAUCAUUAAUGUCUAUGGAAAUACAAGGAUCAAAGCGAAUGGAGUGUAUUGAAAAUGCUGCCUAUUUGGUAUCGUCAAAUACACCUAAAUGUAAAUUCAAUGAAGCGGUGAAUUUAUUUAAAAAUUAUAUUUUAAAAAUCGAAAAUGAUAUAAGUACAAUUCCAACUUAUGAUAAAUUAGCGGAUGAUAUUUAUAAAAAUUUAUUUAUUCCCGAGGAAUAUCGAAAAUAUGAAAUAAAUCGUGGUAUGCUUAUUGACGAUGUGUUAUUUAAAAAAAAUAUAGGAUUAUCUGAAGAUAUGUUUUCGGUAUUAAAUAAAAUUGAUGCAUUAUUUGAUGGAAUUUAUUUUGAAAGUGUAUCAUCGGUUUUUGAAUUGUAUUCGAAAUUACCAAUAAUUCGUGAUAUAAUUCGAUUUGAAGAUUAUUAUGUAUUAUAUUCACAUUUAAAAAAGACAUUACCAUUGGAUAAAAAUGCAGUUAGACGAGUUUUAGCAUCAACAUAUAGAUUAUCAUUGAGACAAUGUCGUGAGGAUUGGAUUAUGAAACCAAUUACAAUUUAUCGUCUUCGAAUGCAUUCGUUACAAACAUUUAUGGCACAUAUAUCAUAUGAAAAUGAUGAGGUGUUAAAAUUUAUAAAUUGUAAAUUAUUCUCAACAAACAAAGAAUUAGAAAUGAAACGUCUUUGGAAUUAUCCAACUAAUUUACCAGAAAGGCCAAUAUUAUAUCAAAUUGAAGUUAAAAAUCAAGCUGGAAUUGCAAAUAUUAAUCAAAUUAUUGAGAAUGAAAAUAAUUUAUACAUUGUUUCACCAAGUGUUAAACUUGUUGUUGAUGAAGUUUCUAUUAAAAUAAUAAAAGGACAGGAUGUAAUGAUUGUUAAAAUGCACGAUGAGGAAAUUUCCAAAGAGGAAAGAAUGAUUGUAAUGGUUAGGGAACUUAAUGAAUUAUUAUAUAAUAGUGACGCAUUAUAUUCUUGAUUAAAAUAAUUUUUUAAAUACUAAAUAAAAAUAUUUAAUUUC